CCGCCCCCCUAAAACGAGUGACGGUUUAACGGUCGCCGCGCGCGCUCGGAGUUGGUUGGCGGCGCCUUGGGCGGGAGAGGGAGCGAGCGAGAGAGAGAGGGAGGGAAGGAAGGAGGGAAAACGAUGAACUUUUCCGAGCCCUUCAAGCAGUCAAGUCAGCUGUGCAGCCUUUCGCCUGACGGCGUAUAUUUGGCCACGUGUGUUCAGUACCGACUGGUAAUCCGAGAUGUGCAUACAUUGCAGGUCCUCCAAUUAUACACAUGCCUGGACCAGGUUCAGUACAUUGAAUGGUCCGCAGACUCUCUUUUCAUCUUGUGUGCCAUGUAUAAGCGUGGACUUGUACAGGUUUGGUCCUUAGAGCAACCUGAUUGGCACUGUAAGAUUGACGAGGGAUCUGCUGGGCUGGUGGCCUCGCGCUGGAGCCCAGAUGGACGUCACGUCCUCAAUACUACAGAGUUCCAUCUGCGAAUCACCGUCUGGUCACUGUGCACCAAAUCUGUGUCUUAUAUCAAAUAUCCUAAGGUCUGUCAACAUGGGAUGGAUUUCACGAAGGACGGACACUAUAUGGCUCUAGCAGAGAGACGAGACUGCAAGGAUUACAUUAGUAUCUUUGUGUGCAGUGAGUGGCAGCUGUUGCGGCAUUUUGACACUGAGACUCAGGAUCUGGCUGGUAUUGAGUGGUCACCCAACAGCUGUGUACUGGCGGUCUGGGAUUCCUGUUUGGAGUACAAAAUUCUCUUGUACUCCUUGGAUGGACGACUGCUAUCUAUUUACAGUGCAUAUGAGUGGUCUCUAGGUGUGAAAUCUGUUGCUUGGAGCCCAAGCAGCCAGUUUCUGGCUCUUGGGAGUUACGAUGAAAAAGUACGGAUCCUAAACCAUGUAACCUGGAAAAAGAUUGCAGAAUUUGAACAUCCCCCAAAUAUCAGCAACUCCAAAAGUGUUAUUUACAAGGAAGUAGACACCCGACCAACUCUUGGCAAUGAUGGCUUGUCCCUUCCUCCGAUUGGAACUGCAGGAUGCUCUUUGUUCAGCUCGCAUAGUAAAUAUGAAAUUUGUCAGCCUCCAGUUCAAGUACCUGCAGUGAAGCCUGACCCAGAUCGAGCCAAUCCCAAAUUGGGUGUUGGGUUGUUGGCCUUCAGUCCGGAUAACCGCUUCUUAGCAACCAGGAAUGAUAACAUGCCAAACACAGUAUGGAUUUGGGAUGUGCAGAAGCUGUCACAAUUUGUGGUUUUGGAGCAGGUGUCUGCUGUCCGAUCCUUCCAGUGGGAUCCAUGCAGGGCACGACUAGCCAUCUGUACUGGCAGCAAUAAAGUGUACUUGUGGUCUCCUUCAGGGUGCUUGUCUGUGCAGGUUCCAAUAGAAGGUAGUUUCCAGGUUUUAUCGUUAUUCUGGCAUUUCAACGGGAACUCUCUUGUGCUGCUGAGUAAAGAUCAAAUGUGUGUGUGCUAUUUAGAGACCACAGAAGCAAGCAAACAUUGAUACAUUGAAGAGUGGGUACAAGUGGACCCUAGAGUUUUGCGCUAGGUAUGCCUGGUUUAUUGUUUGAGCCCAAUGUGUGUUGCUCCUGGAAGAGAACAGUGAACAACUACUGACACUCAACUACAUUACCUACAGCCGCUUAUAGGAUGUGACACUGUUUACAGCUUAUUAUAGCAAAGCUUUGUUAAAAUGGCAAAAAUUGGGUUUUACAGUCCAUUUUAUAUCACAUUUAUUUGGCAAAGUUGACAGAGCAAUGUUCUACUUCUAACCUCGGAGUCCGCUGGAUGCUGAUUUUGUUCAUGGUCCAAAAAGUGAAACUAUUCCGUUCCCCGACAUUAUCCAUUGUUCAUUCAGCACAGAACUUACCAAAAAUAUUACUUAAAUUGUAUUGUUUUAAUUGUAUUUAAAAGGUUCAUACCACAGGGAUUAGUUUGUUCUAAACUUGAAUGUACAUUUACAACAUGGUUGGACCUGAUAUUGCACUAGGCCCUGUUAAUGCUGUAAACAUUUUAGUCUACAAUGUGUUUGCACAAUUGAACAAUUUACCUUACUUAUACAGGCAUAUUGACAUGUGUGCCUCGCACACAUUUGUCAGCUGUGCUUUGGGUGACCAGUAAAAGGAGGCAAUAAAGGUGAGCCAUAUUAAACAUUGGUUGCCUUUCCUUAUCCAGAUUAACGUGUUCAUCUGUGUAUUUAUACACUUGUAUAAGACAUCUACAGUACAUUACUGAAAUGUAGCACAUACAAUCACUGUGUGAAUACUGUAUAACGUUGGAUUAGAUUGGGGUCUGUAAAUAUUUGUAGUUUUACAAUUGUAAAGAGAUGCUAUUUAUGAAUUUUCAAUAAAAUUUACAAUCAAUUAUGA